UUCUCUCAAAUAAAUUAAAAUAAAGGAGAAGACUUUGACGGAUGAUGUCCGCCGCGGUAGAGCAAUCGCGUAAGAAAGCGUCUCCGUCUCCGUCUCCGUCGUGUGGGUUAUGGUCUUUGCCAGAUGAGAUUGCUAUAGCUUGCUUUGCCCGCGUGUCAAGAGUAGAUCACGCGGCCUUAUCAAUGGCCUCAAAGAGCUACCGCUCACUGGUGGUUUCGCCUGAGUUCUACGAGACACGAUCCCGGAUGGGUUGCACGGAGGAGUGCGUGUAUGUAUUCAAUGACUCUCCAAUUGAGCGAAACCCGCGCUGGUUCAUCCUCCGCCGCUGUGUAAAAAAUAAUCGGAAUCGGCUGAUCCCGAUCCCGUCGUUCCCAACUCCGCGAUCAGCGACCUUGGUUUCCCUGGGGUGUGGGAUCUAUGUAAUUGGCGGAUGGAAAAAAUACUCGAAAACCGCGCUUGUCUCGUACCUGGAUUGUCGGACUCACACGUGGAGCUACCUCCCUUCCAUGAGUGUUGCUCGCGCUGGCGCCCGUGCUGGCGUCUUAGACGGCAAGAUAUACGUGUUUGGAGGCUGCGAGGAGGAUCCCUCAAUCUGGGCAGAGGUAUUCGACCCAAAGUUGCAAACUUGGAGUAGAGUUGUUAUCCCGGACCAGCUGCUGAUGACAGAGGCUAGGAAGGGGGUGCAGGGGGAGGAGACUUUUACUGUGUCCUGCAACUUUCCGAGGGUAGAAGGGUAAGGCAAGGGGCCAUGGUUUGGAGGAAUGUAUAUGGUUUAAAUGCUCUGAAACCCUUUUUAAACAUUUAUUCCGAUCCCGAUUACAGUAUGAUCUCUUUCCGUGGGGAACUUGGCGGAUGUGUGGCAGUGCUAUUUGCUCAAUCAUGGUCACAAAAACGGCCUCUUUGGCUUCAUGCCGGGCAACAAACUCCUCACCUCUUCUCGUGGCAACAUUCUCGUCUUCUGGGACUUGCUCGUUGGGGAUGCUGAUCCCAAGACACUGGAGAUUUGGUGUGCUGAGAUUUCGAUGCAGAUGUGGGAAGGCGACAUUUGGGGGAACGUCCUCUGGUCCGAUGCUGUCUUCUCCACUUCCCCCCACCUUGGCUUCCAUGUUUGCUACUCUGUUUCCUACUCUGUUUCUGUCCAUGUUUGAAUUAGCUGCUUCUCUACUUUUUUUUUUUUUUUUU